AUGUGCGUCUCGACGGCCCGCCAGUUCUCCGUGCUUCGCUACGAAAACGAGCGAGUCAACCAGUAUUUCGUGGAGGUGCAGGACUGGGUGGUACACGGCCUGCGCGGGCACGGUGUCGACGUCAACACGCCCAAGUGGCCCAGCUGCCUCGACCACCCCCGCAACUACCCGGAGAGCUGUCUCGGGCGCACUUGCGUGACCACCUUCGCCUGCACGAAUGAUAUGACUGCCGAGGCGAUCCUGCGCACGGUGCUGGCCGGCCACGACACGUCGGUGGUCCAUUUCCAGCUCGAGGUGGUGGGCGGCAUGCCGCGGCCGUGCUUCGACGACCCCAGCUUCCUGCCCCUGUGGCGCCUGGCCGCCGUGUGGGACUACAGCGCCGCCAACGUGGCCGCCCUGGCCCAGACCGGCCCGCUUUCUUCCCUACCCGGUGCUUGGGCGCGACCGGCAGUGGUCAACCUCACCUCCUACCCGGGCAUCUCGGGCGACCCGGCCGACGACCACCGCCCACCUGAGCGCAAGCGGUUCGACGAGCCCUACACGUACGACGUGGUGCUGCUCAUGGGCAUGAAUCCUCGGCGCCUGGCCAUGGUCAAUGCCCUGCUGCAGCGCAACCUCACCGUGUUCUACCCCCCAUACAACUCGCGUGCGGGCUGGGGUCGCGAGCGCGUGGCCCUCGUGCGGAGCGCCGCUCUGCUGCUCAACGUGCACCAGUUCGACGCCGCGUCGGGUCCCAUCGAGGCCCCGCGCCUGAUCUUCCUGCUCUCGCUUGGCGUCAGCGUUCUGUCGGAGGACUCGACCGACCAGGCGGGCAAGGCCUACUGGGCCGACGGGGUGGAGUUUGUGCCCUACGACCAACUGGCCGACGCUGCGGUGCGCCUGGUGGCCAACGCCACGCGGCGGUAUGAGCUGGCCGCUGCGGGCUACCGGCUCGUGCGGCGUGUGAGCCCUCGCGACGCCAUCAAGUCGGCGCUGAUGGCCGCCCUCGACUGGACCAACACCUCCUACUCGCUGCAAGCCUGUCCCUCUUGA